AUGAGUCCAUAUCCAAAAGUCGUCGUACAAACUUUUGAUAACUAUGCAAAAAGUCAGUUGUCGUUCGUGCAGAACAUAGCAGAACUAGCAUCCAAAUCUGGUUAUGUCGAAUGUUUAUACGAAAGUCACGUUGUUGAAAUAAUUCUGCCGUUAGUGAUUAAUAUAAAUCCUACCGUGAGAAUGAAUGCAGUGUUGUGUUUGGUAAGAUUGGCAGGUAAUAGCGAACCGUGUGCCAAACAAAUAGUAUGCUCAAAAAAUCUACUAAGUCGGUUACUAGGACAGCUUGUGAAGGAAAACAAAAAAACUAUGUUGCCAAAAGAAGUUCAUUCGGGCCUAUCUCCGUCAAAAUCAAAAAGCUCGAUUCCUGUUUCCAUCAAAAUGUGUGUGUUACCUCAAAUUGUUUUAUGUUUGAAAGAACAACAACAAAGUUUAAAAUUAUAUGCUUUAUCUGCAUURGAUGAAAUGGCCAAAAAUAAUGAAGAUUUAGCUUUAAAAAUUGUGGAUGUGCCAACUCUACCUCAUGUGAUAACUUUUUUAAUGCCUAACUUUAUUGAUAAAAAAGUUCAGAAAAGUGCACUGAUAUUAAUAAAAAAUAUUGUUAAGCAUUCGUUAUACUUAACUGAACAUGCAAUCGAAUCAAACUUAUUCCCAGAAAUAUUACUUUUGAUGGCGCAUUCCGAUGAAUCGAUACGUAACUAUUCGGCCAAAGUAAUUCGCGAAGUAGUACAACACAGUGUUCAGAUUGCUCAAAUGGUUGUUAAUAGUGGUGGGAUAGAUAAGCUCUUAAAUGUUAUUUCGUGCAGCCAAGAAUUGUCUCCUAAUCCUGCCGUGCAUGCUUUGGGAUACAUAGCCGCAAUGUCACCAAAAUUGGCAUCAGUCAUACUUCAAUCACAGGUAUUGAUGCAUUUGACUGAUAUUUUAAAAAGUGAUACGGAUAAGUUAACUAAAGCUGGGACUGUUUGGACGUUAGGCAUGAUAGGACAACACAGUAAUGAACAUGCGAGAUCUGUUUGUUCGUGUGACGCUAUAAGUAACAUUAUAAAUAUUUAUAUGGAUUCAAGUAUAGAAAGAGAGAUCCAACACAAAUGUAUAGUUGCUCUGGAACUAAUAUUGAAAAAAUGUGAUGAUUUUAAUGUUUUAGACAAAUUGUUGAUACCGCCCAUCCCUAAUGAAAUAAUUAUAUAUAUACUUGAAAAAAUUAGCAAAAUAUUACCUAAAAAUUCUCUUGCACGGCGAAGUUUUAUUACUAAUGGCCAUUUGAAGAUGAUUCAAAAUAUUAACCCAGARAUAAAUUCAGAAUUAUUUCAAAUCAUCAAGGAGAUAAAUUGUUGUUUUCCAGAUGACAUAAUACAAAUGAUAACUGGAGACUUCCCUGAAACAGUUAUGAAAGCGGUGGAUAAGCAUGUGCCACAAACUGAAUGCUUGUUUUUUAAUCGUCAAUUAAAAAGUGAAGAACAAAUCCAUAAAUCCUAUUCUACUUCAAAAACACCUUUAWCUGGCGAAGAAUCCUACUAUAAAUAA